AUGUACUUUACCACCUCAUCAAUAUCCCUCUCCAUGGACAAGACCAUUUUUCUUCUUGGAACGACACGAGGCAAUCUCGACAACAGUCCUUUGGCAAAGAGAGAAAAAAGUUCCUCAGGGUCAAGAAAUGAUUCUGGAAACAACAGUUCUAACAACAACGAUAUAAAGAAAACUAUGGCCACCCAAUCAAGCAUCCCAGUCAGUAGUAAGGAGCACCGUAGACGCAUGCAAGAAUCCCGCAACAUGGGAGAGGCCAUGAAGUACAUGCAUGAGGCCAAGAAACGCAGCCAAGGAAAGAUCUGUGAGAAGCUCAAGGCCGAUAGUCCAUACAACUUCUUUCUUACAUCCAUCACGGAUUCAAAGAAAACACAUACUGAGCCCCUGUCACUGUUGAUGCACGGUAGAGGAAACAUGUGUACUAUGUAG